AUGGACUGGGGAGUGAGCAAUGGUUGGGCCGAGGACGCCCUGGGCAGCUAUCCUACGCUUCCCAAGUCCUUCACGAAUGCCAAGACGGCCAAGAAGCGCAAGCACAAGGAGCUCUUUCUGACUGACGAGGCUUUGCUGAAGCCUGUGCGCCUGGGCCAGGCGGCGGCGGCGGCAGUGGCGGCUCCGGCCGUGGAGCAUGCAGGAGGCGAGGCAGCCAAUGGUCGCAAGAAUCAGCAGCCCAAGGCAGCCGCGGUGUCUGACGGGCAGCACAGCAAGAAGCGCAAGAGUCGCAAAGACAAGGUAGUCGGUGCAGGUCCUGCAAAACAAGCGCAGACAGGGCAGCAGGAGCAGCAGCAACAACCGCAGCAGGAGCAGCAGGAGCAGCAGGAGCAACCCCAGCAGCAGCAGCAGCAGCAGCAGCAGCAGACAAAGGAGAAAAAGCAGCAGCAGAAGCAGCAGCAGAAGCAGCAGCAGAAGCCGCCGCCGCAGCAGCAGCAGCAGCAGCAGCAGCAGCAGCAGCAGCAGCAGCAGCAGCAGCAGCAGCAGCAGCAGCACAAGGAAGAGCAGCUGGAGAAGCAGCAGCGUUCGCAAAGGGAGGAGCCUGCAGGCGGCCAGCAACCUUCAACCAAGACCAAGGACAAGUCCAGAAAGGACAAGGGGGUGCCGACCAGCUUGACACAGGCUGUUGCAACAGCUUCCGCAGCUGGGGCGCAGGCAGCUGUGGAGCCCAUGGCGGGCGUGGAGCCCUCCAAGAAGAAGAGCAAAAACAAGUUCAAGCCUAAUGGACAAGGGGAUCCAGUGGGGAUGGCAAGUGCAGCGCAGCAGCAGCAGCCAGCGCAGCAGCAGCAGCAGCAGCAGCAGCAGCAGCAGCAGCAGCCAGCGCAGCAGCAGCCCGGUCAAAAGCAGCCUGCGCCGGACCAGGUCGUCGCGGACCGCCUGCACAAGAAGCAGAAGCAGCAGACUACCAAGCAGCAGCAGCAGCAGCAGCAGCAGCAGCAGCAGCAGCAGCAGCAGGCCCCUGCCAAGAAGCAGCAGAGACAGCAGGUGCCAGCCACCCAAGGCCAGCAGCCUGCCCAGCCGCAGCAGCCGCCUGCGGCCGCCCCGCGCCCCUCCAAGCUGCUGGAGAAGAUGCGCGCCCGCCUGCGGGGCGGCCGUUUCCGGCAGCUGAACGAGGCCCUCUACACGCGCCCCGGGGACGAGGCCUUUGCCAUGAUGGGCGGCGAGCCGGGCCUGUUCCAGCAGUACCACGACGGCUUCCAGCGGCAGGUCAAGGGGUGGCCGACGCAGCCGGUGGACGCGGCGGCCGCGUGGGUGAGGGGGCUGCCGCAGGGCGCGGUGGUGGCGGACUUUGGGUGCGGCGACGCCAAGCUGGCGGCGAGCGUCAAGCAGGAGGUGCACUCCCUCGACCUCGUCGCCACGGCGCCCGGCGUCAUCGCCUGCAACAUGGCGCGCACGCCGCUCGCCGCCGCCAGCUGCGACGCCGCCGUGUUUAGCCUGUCGCUGAUGGGCACCGACUAUGGGGCCUUCCUGGCAGAGGCGCACCGCGUGCUGAAGCCGGGCGGCUGGCUGUGGAUCGCGGAGGUGCGCAGCCGCUUCGCGCGUGAGGGGGAGCAGGAGGACUUCAGGCCGUUUGUGGAGGCCCUGCGGAAGCUGGGGUUCAAGCUGUCUAAGCAGGACGUGUCGAACCGGAUGUUUGUGACGAUGCUGUUCCGCAAGAAGGGCGGCGGCGGCGAGGGCGGCGGCGGCGAGGGCGACGGCGGUGGCGCGGCAGGCAUAAAGUGGCCGCCACUGCGUGCUUGCGUUUACAAGAAGCGAUGA